GAUGACAUGGGCAAAAGGAGUUUCCUGUUAUCUAUCCAACAAAUAUCUGCAGAUUGUGAUCAGUCAUUGCAGCACCAUUAUAUGAAUGCAGUCCAAGUGACACUCACUUCUUCUCGACUCUGGGAGGGACCAUUAUCAGAAUGGAUCCGAUGGACAUCGAUGACAGUGUACAUAUGAAGAAGAGCCUCACCAAGGAUGGCCUUGUCACCAAAGUUGAUCUUCAAGGAAGAAAGCCCCCCUCCAGAUGUGCCUCUGUGUGUCUCGGAUUAUUGUGCACGCUCCUUUUUGCUGCAAUCAUAGGACAGUUCCUCUACUAUUACAUGUUCAUCAAUCCCAUGUCAGAAGACCUGAUUCAGAUGGCUAACAGCACUGCAGAACAGUUAAAGGCCACAUUGACAAAAAACAAAGAGCAGCUUCAGCAAAGCUACAACACCUUAAAACAAGAGAAAGAUCAGCUACAGAUGAACUACAGUAGUUUGGAAACAGUGAGAGAUGACCUGACUAAAGAGAGAGACCAACUGCAGCAAAGCUACAACGCUGUAAAACAUGAGAAAGAUCAGCUUCAAACAGACUUUAACAGUGUUCAGAACAAUCUCAACAACCUUCAGAGAGAAAAAAAUGACUUACAGACUCAGUUUAACACCAUGAGAACAAACAGAGACGAGUUACAGAGGAGUAAUGCUGCACUGAAGAGUGGAAAGGAGCAGAUACAGAGCCAGUACAAUACUCUGCAGAGGGAGAAAGACCAGCUGAGGAGUGAUUACACUAGUUUAACGACAGUUAAAGAUCAGCUAGAGAAGAAGGUUGAAAAAGUACGAGGUGACCUGACUAGAGAGAAAGACCAACUGCAGCAAAGCUACAACAUCGUAAAACAAGAGAAAGAUCAGGUACAGACUAACUACACAAAUUUGACUCAGAGUAAAAAUCAACUUGAGAACAGAUACCAAUCACUGUCCAAGGACAAAGACGCUUUGCAACUCCGCUAUAACACUCUGCAGAGGGACAAAGAUCAUCUCAGGAGUGAUUACACUAGUUUGGAAACAGUUAAAGAUCAGCUACAAACAAACUUUAACAGCAUUCAGAAAAAUCUCAACAACCUGCAGAGAGAAAAGAAUGACUUGCAGACUCAGUUUAACACCAUGAGAACAAACAGAGAUGAGUUACAGAGGAGUAAUGCUGCACUGAAGAGUGAAAAGGACCAGUUACAAAGAAGCAAAGACAGCUUGCAAAGCCAAUUUAAUACUCUGCAGAGGGAGAAAGACCAGCUGAGGAGUGAUUACACUAGUUUGGAAACAGUUAAAGACCAGCUAGAGAAGAAGGUUGAAAAAGUAAGAGGUGACCUGACUAGAGAGAAAGACCAACUGCAGCAAAGCUACAACGCUGUAAAACAUGAGAAAGAUCAGCUUCAAACAGACUUUAACAGUGUUCAGAACAAUCUCAACAACCUUCAGAGAGAAAAAAAUGACUUACAGACUCAGUUUAACACCAUGAGAACAAACAGAGACGAGUUACAGAGGAGUAAUGCUGCACUGAAGAGUGGAAAGGAGCAGAUACAGAGCCAGUACAAUACUCUGCAGAGGGAGAAAGACCAGUUGACGAGUGAUUACACUAGUUUAAUGACAGUUAAAGAACAGCUGGAGAAGAGGGUUGAAAAAGUACGAGGUGACCUGACUAGAGAGAGAGACCAACUGCAGCAAAGCUACAACAUCGUAAAACAAGAGAAAGAUCAGGUACAGACUAACUACACAAAUUUGACUCAGAGUAAAAAUCAACUUGAGAACAGAUACCAAUCACUGUCCAAGGACAAAGACGCUUUGCAACUCCGCUAUAACACUCUGCAGAGGGACAAAGAUCGGCUCAGGAGUGAUUACACUAGUUUGGAAACAGUUAAAGAUCAGCUACAAACAAACUUUAACAGCAUUCAGAACAAGCUCAACAACCUGCAGAGAGAAAAGAAUGACUUACAGACUCAGUUUAACACCAUGAGAACAAACAGAGAUGAGUUACAGAGGAGUAAUGCUGCACUGAAGAGUGAAAAGGACCAGUUGCAAAGAAGCAAAGACAGCUUGCAAAGCCAAUUUAAUACUCUGCAGAGGGAGAAAGACCAGCUGAGGACCGACUACAACAGUUUGACUCAAGUUAGAGAUCAGUUACAGCAGAAAGUCAAUGUACUAGAAAAACCUUGCCACGGCUGGAGAAUGUUUGAUUGCAGUUGGUUCCUUGUUUCAACUGAAAAACGUACCUGGUCUUCAAGCAAAGACUUCUGCAUCUCCCGAAAAGGUCGUCUGGCAAUCUUAAACAACAGAGAUAAAAUGAUGUUUGUCAACGGGUUGCUGGGAUCAGGUGUAGAAGCCUGGAUCGGUCUGACUGACAGUGCUAGUGAGGGGACCUGGAAGUGGGUGGAUGGGUCCACCGUCACAACUACAUUCUGGCAGUCUGGGCAGCCCAACAGCUGGGGAGGAGACCAGGACUGUGGAGAAUUUUAUCAGACUGGAAAAGUUGGAGAGUGGAAUGAUGAAGGUUGUUCUUCUGAAAAUGUGUGUGUGUGUGAAAUCCCCGCGUAACAUACAGUUAACCUGUUCUGUAUUUGCACAUCUCUGUAUAAACAUCAAAUUCUAGAUUGCAGAUGUAAAAUAUAUUUUUUGCUUUCUUGAUUCAAAACAAGGAAAUCUUAAUGCAGUAAUGUGUUAUAAAUGUCAAUUAUUGUACAUUUGGUUGAUGAGUGGUGUGUGAUGAUUAAGAAAAUCAGAUUUUGUAUUAAUUGACUGAUGCCAGACUAUGCUGUGGUAAAGCUUUAUUUGUCAAAUUGCCUCUUAAUAAUGAAACUGAAUACACGUCAUUGAGUGCGUAUUAAAGAUUAAUCCAGAUGAUGUUUGCUAUGUGGUUUAAACGUUCAAAAUUUACAUACAUACACCUGUGAUAACUAUGUCAAAGUGGUACAAUAAAAUGUCUGUAAUGUUUCAAUUAAAAUGU